AUGUCGGUCUCAACGGGAAUCCGCGUUGGCCUGAACAAGGGGUUCCUCGUGACGAAGCGGGAAACGCCUGCUCGUCCUUCUCGGAGAAAGGGGAAGAAGACGACUCGCGUUCAGGCGAUUCGUGAGAUAAUCCGCCAAGUUGCAGGGUUCGCUCCAUACGAGCGCCGCGUGUUGGAUUUGAUUAAGAUCGGCACUGCAGCCACAACAAAGCGUGCUCUAAAGUUCGCUAAGAAGCGCCUCGGAACCCACAAGAGGGGAAAGGCAAAGCGAGAGGAACUCACAAACGUUGCCGCCGCUAUGAAGAAGAAGGCCGCCGCAUGA